GCCGGCGCGGGCUUUGCCCUCAAGCGGGCGCGGGCGCCCCGGAGGGGACGGGCGGGAUGGCGGAGGAUGGUUCGUCUGAGAGCAGCGAGGGGGAGAGCCUGCCCUGCCUGGCCUCCUUGCUGGGGCUSUCCCCGCGCCUCGGGGAGCCCAGCCGCCCGCGGUCGCCAUCUCCCGAUGCUCAAAGGGAAGAGGCUGUCGAGACGUUCAGCAGCAAGAGCGAGGAGAUGGACGAGRAGGUGAUCGACGUCGUCCCUUUGCACGAAAGGUUAAAAAUGAGGGUGGGAGCGGAGGCUGAGCCUUUCAGCUUGGGCGGUGGUGAUACAGCAGAGGUAUCUGGGCUUUGUGCUGGUAGCAGCCUGAUGGCUCCUGACAGMGAAGGACUGCGGGAAGACCUGGCUUCGUCUGGAGAAGCGGCUUUUGACACUGACAACGGUACACGCAGUGCUGAGACAUCGUCCUUGUGCUCGCUGUCAGUCGACUCGGACGGGCCUAGUAGCUCCCCGGUACGUAGAGAAAGGCCAGAAGCAUCCCUCCCUCUCAAGAAGCGGCAGUACAGUCAGAACGAAAGGGAGGCAGUCUGCCARAAUGCGUGUCAAAGAAGGAAAGUGCAAGAAGMAGAAAAGAGGGAGCGGGAGGAAGAGAAAGARAGGAAGAGAGCCGUUGCCAAGAUGCUGAAAGCUCAGCGGCCAGGAGAGUGCCAGAAAUACAUAACAGUGGUGCUAGAUCCAGUCAUCUUGCAGGUAGAAGGUGGUGAGCAGAUCCUUAGUGCUUUGCAGGCUGCAAAUUAUUCCUGUGUGUUUGAGAAUCACGCUGUUCCCUGCAGCAUCACCUGGAGGAGAAAGACGGUGUCAUCACAGAUGGGAGGAGGAGAUGAAUGGACAGAAGAACCAAAUGUCCUGGUUCUGCUUGGCUUGAAGGAGUUUUUGUCUAUGGCUCACAGCUACAAACAAAAUGCUGAUGGCUGUGCAGAAAGACAGGAGACCCUGCAGAACUAUGUAACUGGUGUGAUGGAGCAAAUGCCUGGGAAAAUUCUGGCUAUGGCAGUAGUUGGAGUAGAAAAUUAUUUCAGGUCCCUCCAAGUUCAGACAAAACAAAGGCUGCGAAGGUCAUCAGUGAGUGGGAGCCAAAAUAAACGGGGGAAAAGGAGAAAAAAGGAGGUUGAUGAUUCUGGCCUGGACUUAACCAGAACGGAUGUGGAAGAAGCCCUGGUGGAUCUGCAGCUGAGCACACAAGUCCAAAUCAGCAUUUUUGAGAGCAAUGAGGAGCUCGGGGAAUAUGCCACUAUGUUCACAAAAGCUGUGGCUGAGGCACCAUACAAGCGAGAGCGAGAGAACACAGGGUUCUCUUUCUACUUGGAGAAGGGCUGUUGCGGAGGGGUGAAGGUGGAUCCUUCCGGAAAGGGUCUCUUGAAAGUUUGGAAGAGGCAGAUACAGCAAUUUAACCGUGUCAGCUCUGAGAUGGCUGAGGCUAUYGUGUCUGCCUACCCUUCUCCUCAGCUCCUGAUCCAGGCCUACGAGAGAUGCUCCUCGGACCAGGAGCGGGAGAACAUGCUGGCCAACAUCCCCGUGCASCGUGGGGAGGGUGUGACAGCCACCUCCCGGCGCAUCGGGCCGGAGCUGUCCCGACGCAUCUACCUGCAGAUGACWUCCCACGAUCCUGACCUCUGUCUGGAUAUCACUGGGUAGCUCCAGGGAAUGAGGGUUUUACUGUUUGACUGGUUGAAGCGUUCCCUUUUGGAUUUCACCGGAUAGCUUCAGGGGAUAAGGAUUUUACUGUUUGUCCGGUUGAAGUGUUCCCUUUUGGAUUUCUCUGGGUAGCUCCAGGAAAUAAGGGUUUUACUCUUUGUCUGGUUGAAAUGUUCACUUUUGGAUUUCACUGGGUAGCUCCAGGGAAUAAGAGUUUUACCGUUUGUCUGGUCAAGUGUUCCGUUUUCUUCUGUGAAGAAGUGCUUAGRUAACACUCAUUCAUCCUUGUUUAAAGACUUGAAGCACAUUUAGACCUUGUAGCAGGAAAAAAGUUGGAUAAAGUUGCUGAAUGAAUUGAGUUUACACAAAAAAGAUGGUGAARCGUCUUCCAUAAGCACACAAGUUGCACGCAGUUUAUAGUACUGGCGCUGUUUUAUUUGUCUUUCUAUAAAAUAAAUAAUUUUGAA